AUGACAAAGAGGUGGUAUGAUAUGAAGAGAAUAACAUUGAACAAAAAAUUGGAAGGUAUUCAGAUGAAAGUUUAUGGUAAUCUAAAUUUAUUAUGUACCAUUGGUAUGACAACACGCUCUAGGGCAAAAGGAAAUGUUGAUAAGACUAUAGAAUCAAAAGAUGGUGAUAAUGAUAGUAAAAAAAAUACAAAGAAAAAAAAAGAAAAUUCUUCUAAAAAUGUUACAAAUGUUAGUAAAAAAAAGACCAAUGAGGCUACUUCUGAUACAAAUGACAACAAAGAUACACUUAUUUCUGUUUCUUCUUCUAAAGUUACAAGAAACCGAAGACCAAAAGAUAAAUCAACAAAAGAUUCUAGUACUGAUUUAGAUGAUAAAAAAGUUGAAAAUACAGAUACAAAAAAUGAUGGUAAAUCAUCAUUAAAAAGUGACAAUACAAAAGAUGAUGCUCAACCUGCUCCUAAAUCCUUAAGAGAAAGAAAAAAGAAAGUUGAUCAAAAAAAUGAUUCAGAUGUUAAAAAAAAAAAUGUUAGUGAUCAUAGUACAAGUGAUAAUUUAUCAACUGAUGAUACAAGUAAGACUGAUCCAGAAAAAUCAUCAAAAGAUCCACCCACAAAAGUACUAUCUAGAGGUCGUAAGAAAAAAAAUGAUACUCAAGAUGAUUCUGGCUUAAAACAGAAAGCGGCUAAAAUUGAAGCCAACAUUUCUGAUACUGAAAAAUGUGAUAAAAAUAAGAAAGUAAUAAUGCCAGUUGAUGCAUUUGCCACCACUCGUCAAGUUGGGUGGAGUGUUUUUGUGGACAAAGAUUUAGGUCCAUACAGUAUUACACUUAAUCAAACAGAUGUCACCAACAACAAUAAUAAAUUUAUUAUUCUUCAAGUUUUAAAAAAAAAUGGUGUUGAAGAGUAUUCAUUUUUUCAACGUUGGGGAAGAGUAGGCUUCUCAGGACAAUGUAAUUUACAAAAUGGUGACCAAAACCAUACAAUAAAUAAUUUUCUUCAUAAAUUUAAAAAUAAAACAGGACAAGAUUACAAGGGACAUAUUGAAUAUGAAAAAAAACCUAAAAAAUAUUUUCCUAUUGAAAUGAAAGGUGAAGAGGUUAAUUCAGAAGAUGAAAGUGAAACAAUUAAUAUUCCAGAAUCAAAACUUGAAGAAUCUGUUAGAAGAGUAAUGGAAUUAAUUUGUGAUACUAAAUUAAUGGCAAGUACAUUAAAAGAGAUGAAUUUUGAUUUGGAUAAGAUGCCUCUUGGAAAAUUAUCAAAAAAUCAAAUAACUGCUGGAUAUGAAUGUUUAAAGGAUAUUGAAACUGCUAUUACGGCAAAGAAUAAAGCUGGUAUUAUUGAAGCUGUUGAUAUGUAUUAUACAAAUAUUCCUCAUUUUUUUGGUAUGAAAAAACCAAAAUUAAUUGAAACAAUUGAUGAUUUAAAAAAAGAAAUUGAACUUCUUGAUACACUUUGGGAUAUUGAAGCUACAAUGAAAACUAUGAAAGAAGAGAAACCAAAGAAAGAGAUAGCUAUAAAUCCACUUGAUGAAUUUUAUGAUAAAAUGAAAUGUGGACUUAAAGUUCUUUCACCUAAAAAUAAAAUGAGAAAAAUAAUUGAGGAUGUUAUUCAAAAUACUCAAGGACCUACACAUACAUGGUAUAAAUACAAUGUUAAAAAUGUAUUUGAAGUUAAAAGAGAAACUGAAGAUGAGAAAUUUCUUAAAGAUAUACCUAAUAGAAAACUUCUUUGGCAUGGAUCAAGAGUUACUAAUUGGUAUGGUAUUCUUUCACAAGGUCUUCGUAUUGCUCCUAAAGAAGCUCCAUCUAGUGGAUAUAUGUUUGACAAAGGAAUAUACAUGGCUGAUCUUUCAUCAAAAUCUAUUGGUUAUUGUUUUGCAUCACCAGGCCAAACUGGUUUUCUUGCUUUAGUUGAGGCAGCUAUUGGUAAUCAAAAUGUUAAACUUCAACCAGAUUAUAAAGCUUCCAAAAAACUUCAAAAAGAUGAACAUUCAGUUAAAGGAGAAGGAAAAAUGAUACCUGAAAAAGAAAUAAAACUUGAAAAUGGUUCUGUUUUAUAUAAUGGUCCAAUAGUUAGUAAUAAAACUUAUAAACCUGAUGAGUAUACUUUGUAUUAUAAUGAAUAUAUUGUUUACAAUACAGACCAAGUACGUCUCCGUUACCUUGUUGAAUUAGAAUUUGUUAAUCAAUAA